AGUAAAACUGUUGCAGGUGACCUUGUGGUGUCCUUCCUGUCUGGGUGUCAGGCCACCAUGGCCCUCCUCCUGUUCCUUGUCCUACUGCCUUCGUUGAGCUGGACUCAGCCCGCCGCUCAGUUUGAUGUGUGCCGGUCCCUGCGUGGCUUGGAGGUGGGGCCGGGCUGGGAGUUCUCCGCCUGCCAGCCUCCACCUGCCAACAUGAAGGAGUUGAUGCAGAUCAGAGUCGACCCCCCCAGCAUCACCUGUGGAAACCCACCUGAGAGAUUCUGCACACUGGAGAACCCAUACCUGUGCAGUGAUGAAUGUGACGCUUCCAGCCCCGACCUGUCUCACCCUCCUCAGCUGAUGGGAGACAGGGAGAGAGCAGGACACAUCACUUAUUGGCAGACAGUCACAUGGUCCAGGUACCCGGAGCCGCUACUGGCCAACAUCACUCUCUCCUGGAACAAGAGUCUGGAGGUGGUCGAUGACAUCAUCGUCACCUUUGAGCACGGCCGACCAACCAGCAUGGUUCUGGAGAAAUCCAUGGACAAAGGUGUGACCUGGCAGCCAUACCAGUACUACGCCGACAACUGUCUGGAGACCUUCAGCAUGUCCCCUAAACAGAUCUCAGACUUAGCACCAACUAACUUAACCCAGGUCAUCUGCACCGAGCAGUACUCCCGCUGGGUUGGAGCCAGGGAGGAGAAGAUCGUGGUGUUCGAGGUGCGUGCUCGGUUCAGGGUGUUUGCAGGUCUGAAGCUGAUCAACAUGGACACUCUAUACACCCAGAUGGAGACUAUGAAGGGCCUGAGAGACUUCUUCACCUUCACCAACCUCCGCCUAAGACUGCUCCGCCCAGCGCUGGGAGGAACCUAUGUCCAGAGACACAACCCGCUGAAGUACUUCUACGCCAUCUCCAACAUUGACGUACCAGCCAGGUGUAACUGUAACCUGCAUGCGUCUCAGUGUCUGUUACGAGAUGCAAAGUUGCACUGUGAGUGUGACCACAACACGACGGGUCAGGACUGUCAGCGCUGCAGCCGAGGGUUCAAAUCCCACAGCUGGAGACGUGGAUCGUACCUGCCCCUGCCCAAAGGCACUGCCAACUCCUACAACACAGACACCGCCCUCUCUGGAACUGGUCCUACCAACCUGAUCACCAGUACUGCUCUACCUGCUGGUGGUACUACAACAACUGCAUUUCAAUCACCUCCAACAACUAUUCCAGAAAUAACCCCAUGCAGUGAUGGGGUUCCAUCCAGAGAUACUCCAUGCACUGGACCAGCCCCAACCAGGCAGGCUAAAGAUGCUCCACCUAUAGCAGGAGCUGACACAAUUUUCAUCGAUGGUCCUCCAGAUACUUCAUUAGAUAUACCACCUCCUGAUCAUCUUCUUCUAGAUGUACCUAAUAUAUCUCCUCCUGAUACACCUCCUUCUGAUAUACCACCUCCUGACAUACCCCCUGAUGUACCCCAUCCGGAUGCAGCAUCUCCUGGUAUGCCUCUUCCUGAUGUACUACAUCCCAGUGUAGCACCUCCUAUUGUACCAUGUCCUGACAUACCACCUAAUGACGUACCUCCAAAGGUACCAAUUUCUGAUCUACCUCUGCAUCAUGUACCUCCUCCUGAUGAUCCUCCUCCAACUGGAGUUCAUGCAGAGUACGUACUGCCUCCCUCUGAAGGAGGAGGAGGUGAAGCUGGACCAGACACAAGCUCCACCACCUCAGAUCGCUCUAAUCCUAUUGGUGAAUUGGCCCCUGUGGAUUUUACUUUUCAUUUUCAUGAAGAUCAAAACUCAGUUGACCCUCAACCAUAUUCUAGAUCUAAUUCAGGAUCUGAAUCUGGACUACCACCAGUUGGUGAGCCUGGGACUAUACCAGAUGACUCCUUUGAGGUGCCUGGAUCAGAUUCAGUUUGGCCUAGACUGGAUUCUGUGUCAGUCAGACCAGACACAGAUGAAAACGAGAAUAAUGGACCAGGAUUAACUGAUCAGCUAGGUGCUGGUCUGGAAUCUGGACCAGAUCUUCCUCCAGCGGUAGUAGAUUCAGGACUAGAGUCAUCUCAGAAUGAAGGAAAGGCUGGAGAGGAUUCAGCUGCUGGUGGACCCACAGGAAGGUUAGAGUCCAAUGAAAACAAAGGCUCUAAACAAGAGAAAACAAGCGAGCAGAAGGAGGAAAAAGUUGCUAAGGCAAAAGAGGGAACAAACAAAGAAACCAAGGAGGAAGGUGAAAAGGACAAAGAUGACAAAGGUUAUGAGACAAAAGCAAUCCAGAAGAUUCUGAUUCCGGGAGGGCCAAAGUUCAGUCAACUGUCCAAAAUCACCUAUGUCACCUUCCAGGACUGUGAGUGUAAUGGACACUCCAACCGCUGCAGCUACAUUGACUUCAUCAACGUAGUCACAUGUGUGAGCUGUAAACACAACACACGAGGCCAGAGCUGUCAGUACUGCCGUCUUGGUUACUAUAGAAACGCCUCGCUGUCACUGGAUGACGAGAACAUCUGUGUCGGUCGGUAA